AUGCCCCAUUUGCGUGUCAUUCAGGCCAAGUCGAAGAACCACACCAACCACAACCAGAACAAGAAGGCUCACCGUAACGGUAUCAAGAAGCCCAAGAACCACAAGUACCCUUCUCUCAAGGGUGUUGACCCCAAGUUCCUGCGCAACCAGCGUUUUGCCAAGAAUGGCAUCCGCAACGGUGAGUGUCUGUGA